AGGACGGACAUAUACAGCGUGCUGGGACAUGCUCGAGCACACUGUCAAACGGCAAAUAGGGACAAUAUGUCGCUUCAAUUCCUUGCCGAUUACACUUCUUCCUCCAAGCAUGACUGUCCUAUCUGGACUAUUGCUACAUCGUCCAAAGUCGUCUGGUCAGCCUCAGCUGACGGUGCGAUCAAAGCUUGGGACAUCAACUCGGGCCGCUCCAUCGGUAGCAUUCAAUCCCCUCACAGAAAUGCAGUCACCUCCCUUUCUGUCUCCGAAUCCCAAGGCUGGAUGACCACCAACAGUCUGGAUGGCAGCCUGGCUCUCUGGAAGAUCCAAUCGUUCCACGACCAACAAACACGAUUGCCCAAAGUUGACGAUCUUGUUGCUGCUCGAGGAGCCUCUUCCCCAACGCAAGAAGGCGAUCGCAACGAAGCGACCGAAUCGAUGGUGCCUCCAAAUGGUGAAAAUUCCCGAGCAUUAAAGGACGAAGCGCAAGAGGUGACCUCUUGCUUAGCAUAUUGUCCUAGCGUUGCACGCAUGGCGUUCCCUGGCGAGCGCACGCCAUUUCCGAUAGAUGCAUAUACGAGCGAUUUGCACCCGAACAAACCGAUCCUGGCAACAACGGGUAACACUGCCUCACUCUCUCUAUACCGGAUCACCGUGGAUAACUUGGCGAGCACGAACGAUUCACAAGAGCAAUCGCCGCUUUCUACCUUCCUUACGCCUCUCCGACGCUUUCGUGCAAACGCCGUCAUCCACCCUAAAGACCAUGCAUCAGCCUCAUCGGCAACGCGCAGCCUCGCGCGCAACCCUAUUCCAACAUCGGCGCGCAAAGGCUGGGGCAUGUGUGUGCGCUUCACGCCAGCCGGCAGCAUGGUCGCUGUCGGGACGGACUCAGGGCAGGUGAUCGUGCAUGAUGUAGAGAGUGGCGCAGUCAUUGCUUUGUUCAGCAAUCACGCAGCGCCCAUUCGCAGCCUGAGCUUUUCGCUUGCUCCUGUGCUGGGCAGCGUAAAUUCAGCAGCCGCGCCGCUGAGCGGCCAUCGCGGUUCCUCAGGAUCGAGCAGUCUUUCAGAUCUAGAGAGACGGCUAGACCACCUCAGUGUUGGCUCGGAGGACUUGACACUUUCCGUCCAUGACGCGAGAGACCUGAGGGAGCAAGGCCAGCAGGCGUCAGGUACCGUCGUCGCUAUGCUCCAAGGGCACGCCAAGAUGGUCGUCGAUGCUUCCAUUCGCGGGGACGGCCGGAUCUUGGCUUCUACCUCCACCGACAAGACGAUCAAACUGUGGGACCUCGCUGCAUCACCCAAAGUAUGCGUCUGCACGAUCGCCGAGGAUGGCGCCAUGUGGUGCCUGCGAUGGAUCAACGACGGUAAAUUUGUCGCCGCCGGCGAUCAGGGCGUCGUCAGAUGGUACAGGGGGGCAGGGGUGGGCACGAGCGCAGGGGAGGACUUGUAGUGGGAGCAAGGAAGUGGAAAAUGGAAGGCUGCCGGCCGCCGCGGCCAACGCAUCUGUUCACCAGUUAACGUGUCCACGAGCAGGCGCUUAGGCGCAAUAUACUGUUACAUAGACUGGGGGCAAGGUACCCGAAAAGCGGGAUUGAGCUGGCAUAUGGCUAGCUAGCGACCUGGGCCUGAUUGCUGCUGAUUCGAGACGAGCGACAAGGGCGGCAUCGGGCCGGGCCCAGCGUGGCCUGGAGGGGGCGGCAUUAUCUCAUGUUGCUGUUGAUGCUGCUGACCGCUGCCGCCACCGUUGGCUGCCGCAGCAGCUGCAGCCUGUUGCUGCUUGUCCUUGUACACGCGCGCACGAAUGUCCAAGAGCGCCUGCUCCG